CAGAUCGUUAUUAAUUAAGAAAGAAUAAGACGGAACGUUACGUGCACGAACUUCCCGGGCUCCACUGUGUGUUAAAAGAAGUCUAUUAUAUAGUACGGUACACAGUAAAAAGGAAGGUUAGCGUGAUACGCAAAAUGUGCGUAAAAGUGAGGGUCCGGCAAUAACCCUAGUGAAAGAAAAAGGAAGAAAUAAAAGCAAAAAUGGAAAACGAACAAACCAAUUUAUGUAAUAAAUAUAUGAUGAAGUGGAAUGAAUGAACACGAGAAACGAUAGUCAUAGAAAAUGAAAUGUGAAGACGGGAAUAAUAAGAGAAAAAACGAACAAACAAACAAAUGGCAACUCCAGCGUAUGUGACGCGCCCUCGCCAGGUGGAGCGGCAGGACUCCUGGCCUGGCAAGCAGACCGCUCACCUGCGAGGGCUACCUGAGGAAUCCCUCAUCUUCGACGCCACGCAUCAUCAUAAAAAACCUCGGGACAUCAAGCGCGGCUCAGCGUCGCCGCCGUCGCCCGCAGCACCGGCAGGAGGCCCGGGGUUCUUCGCCAGGACUGGGCGACGCAGAGGGAAUGGCAGCGGGUCGCAGCCUCCACUGAUGCCGAGAUCUCGACGUGAGCGAGGUGUCUUCCCGUCUACCCUCGUUGCGAGCACCAUCGACAUAGUGAAUAAACAGAUCGUUAUUAAUUAAGAAAGAAUAAGACGGAACGUUACGUGCACGAACUUCCCGGUACUGGUGAUUGUGGUGUUAUUAACGGUGAUUUGUUUCUGUGUUGGUUUUUAACUCAUUUUUGUUAGGUGCGGUUAUCGGGUCUUUAUAAAGUGUAGUGUGUAUGUGCGCGCGCGCCUGUACAUGUGUGUGUGUGCGCGCGCGCGUCGGGCGCCUUUGCUUUAUUGACGAACGUCUGUGGUUAUGUUUUUUUUUUGUUUCGUGUUCUAAAGUUAAGUGCAUUGAAUAA